AUGCUGAGGCCAUAUAUAUACGUCUGGCUAUCCAUUUUCGCCUUGACUGUUGCCCAGCUCGAAACGUUCACGCCCCCUGGACAAGAUGGAAUCACCUAUAGUGUUAAUAUCCCUCAAGUCACCGCAUCCUCAGGAUCAGGUCCGAUUUAUUUCCAGCUGCAAUCCACCCGCCAGCUCCAGUGGUUUGCAUGGGGCCAAGGCUCCCGGAUGCAAGGGGCCAAUAUAUUUGUGGUCUACGCAUCUGGAGACGGUUUGAACGUUACCGUCUCUCCACGGCUAGGUGUGGAACAUGUUGAACCAUUAUAUAACCAACAAGCUCGGAUUUCAGUAUUGGACGGUACUGGGAUCCACGAUGGCACCAUGACUGCAAAUGUUAGAUGUGAUAGCUGUAUUACUUGGCCUGGUGGGAGUGAAAAUCCAAGUAGCAUGUCAAGCCCAUGGGUUUGGGCAGUGAAAUAUGGAAGUCCACUCAACACCAAUAGCUUAUCUGCAUCCAUCACUAUCCAUGAUGCCUCCGGGAUAGCUGCCCUGGACCUUCAGAAGGCUACGGGAGGCACCUCAAUGAACCCGUUUUUAACCUUAAACCGCACGACAUCAAGUUCAGGGCAAGCCAUUCUGUCAGAUAACUCUGGGUCCGUUGAAAAGCGCAGGAUUGCCCAUGCUGUUAUCAUGAUUGUGGUGUUCGUUAUUCUCUUUCCCUCAUUUGCUGCGAUGCUGCACAUUGUCCCAUCUUCAAAGACUGUCGUUAUUCAUGCUACUUUUCAACUGUUUACGCUAGCUCUGGCAGUUGCCGGAUUCGGCAUUGGUAUCUCCAUGGCCAAAAGCCUUGAUUUGAUACAGACCUAUCACCCCAUUAUCGGGAUGGUGAUCGUCCCAUCCCUCAUCCUAUUUCAGCCAGCGAUGGGCUUUCUUCAACAUAGGUAUUUUCACAGAACGGGAAAAAAGAGCGUGUUUGCUUAUGUACACCGAUGGUUUGGUCGUUUGAUCAUAACGCUUGGCAUUAUCAAUGGUGGCCUAGGUUUCCACCUUUCAGGAAUCGGCAGCUCCAUCGCCCCAACCGGAGCAGUUAUUGCCUAUGGUGUGGUUGCUGGUGUCCUCGGUCUCGGCUUUGUUUUAGUGGUGACAUUUCUGCCUCGCGGGACUCGACCUCGAGGAGAUUGA